AUGGACUUCAUUCUGCCAAGCACCAUGACAACUGGUGGUAUCCCGUGGGAGAAGGUUCUACCACCACUCAUUCCUCGUCUGAACGGGACUUAUGGUCAUUGUAGCUGGUCUCCAACAUUACUCAUUCCAGAAACGGAUAAUGGCAGCUCUGCAGAGGUGCAUUGUGAUGACAGCGGGUUCACAGUUCAGGUUGAUGUGAAGCUUUUCAACCCAGAGGACCUGCUGGUCAAAGUGGUGGGAGACUUUGUAGAAGUUCAGGGAAAACAUGAGGAAAAAAAGAAGGAUGGCCCUGGAUUCACCACACGACAGUUUAACCGCCGCUACCGGAUCCCAAAGGGGGUGGACACCAUGGCCCUGGAGUCAGCCGUCUCUCCCGAUGGCAUCCUGAUCAUAACCGCACCCAUGCUGCACACCGAAAACACCGCCACAUCUCUGACUUAA